CGUGCCCACACAGGAGUAGGGGUCUUGCCAUACACCCCGUUUCCUACCUUGGUCUAGAGCCCACCCCCGGCUCCCAGAACAGCACUGAGCGCCCAGCCCGGGGGCACAUCCCCGCGCAGACGCCAGGCGCCCAGUCCUCGCUGCUCCGGAGGCGGCGGGAGGGCGUAGCCUAGGGGCUGCGGGCCCGGAGCCGGGAUGCCAGAAGGGCCGUCUGUGAGGAAGUUUCACCAUUUGGUGUGCCCCUUUGUGGGGCAGCAGGUGGUCCAGACAGGGGGCAGCAGCAAGAAGCUGAACCCCGCCAGUUUCCAGUCCCUGUGGCUCCAGGACACCCAGGUCCAUGGAAAGAAACUAUUCCUUAGAUUUGACCCAGAUGAAGAAACCAGGUGUCCUGGCGACAACCCACUGCCAGAACCUCUACGAAAAAGAAAGAGGAAGGAAGGGGCUGGGGACCACAAGCAGACCUUGGGUCCCGCCUUCCAGAAAAUCUUGGACCAGUCACCCCGGUCCCCGGAGCUUGUCCACAGCGGAGACAAUGACUCGGAGUAUUUGGGGGGGGACAGCCCUGCCGGGAGUGCAGAGAGGUGGCUGCAGAUCCGCUUUGGUUUGUUUGGCAGCAUUUGGGUGAACGAAUUCUCCAGAGCAAAGAAAGCAAACAAGAGAGGUGACUGGAGGGACCCCAUUCCAAGGUUGGUCUUGCACUUUGGUGGUGGCGGCUUCCUGGCAUUUUAUAAUUGCCAGAUGUCUUGGAGCUCUUCCCCAGCGAUCAGACCCACCUCUGACAUCUUGUCUGCAAAGUUCCACCGAGGACAAGCCUUGGAAGCUCUGGGCCGAGCUCAGCCUGUCUGCUACACGCUGUUGGACCAGAGAUACUUCUCAGGCUUAGGGAACAUCAUUAAGAAUGAAGCCUUGUACAGAGCUGGGAUCCAUCCCCUUUCUCUCGGCUCACUCCUCAGUCCUCAGCAACUUGAGAUCCUUGUGGAUCAUGUGGUGGAGUUCAGUGCAGAUUGGCUUCAUGGCAAGUUCCAGGGCAGACAGCAGCACACGCAGAUCUACCAGAAAGAUCAGUGCCCUGCCGGGCACCAGGUCAUGAAGGAGGCCUUCGGGCCUCCAGGCGGCUUCCGGAGACUCACCUGGUGGUGCCCACAGUGCCAGCCCAGGCUGUCCCCUGAUGAGGUGGAGCGAGUUCAGCUUUCCUAAGGCACUCGGGCCUCUUCCUCACAGGACCCUGCCCUUUGGGGAGCACGGAGUUCAAGUGUCGAGAAGGGAGUGCGAGCAGGGAUUGGGAGUGGAGGCAGAACUAGAGGGGAGGAGGGGUCAGGAGGAUGUCAGUCCUCUUGAUGUUCAUCUCACUGAAGUUAUGUCGAAGACAGAGUUUUCACAGGGUUAGAUUUUUUUUCAAGUGUUGGCUAAUUUUUUUUUAAUUUAAAAACUGUUUUUAUCCUCACCCAGGGACAUUUUCCAUUGCUUUGACCAAGAGAGGAGGGGAGGUAGAGGCAGCAAGUGGCUGCCUCCCGUAGUCACCCCAGCCAGAGCGGGUGUUCCAACCACCUGAGCCCUGCCACCCGGGGCAAGUGUUGGUUAACUCUCCCUGUCUGAGUCUGCCGCUGUGGAAGAUGAGAAAGGUUUCGUGACAGUUAAGGGGAAAGCCUCCCAGAAUGACAAUGGGGUGAUGAAAAUAUAAGUCUAUGGAAAAUUGUUGCACCCCAACAUUGUGGUUUGGUUUGUUUUGGUUUUUCAAAGGUUGGUUGUUUUAAGGCCCUCCAUUUGAGAAAGGGAAACACGGAAUUGUCUUUUUUCGUUCCCCUGGAGGCAGCCCAGGGCCGAGGAUGGAGGAGCAUGAGGGUCAUGUUCGGAUGCAGCCUCCAGACUGGGUCCUUUUCCGUGGGAGGGGGACACCCGGGGAAGGGGUCAGGGGAGGAGGGAGACCAGGGAACUGGCCACCUUUCUUGUGUGCCCCAUGGGCUUUAGAAACAGCUCCUCAUUUCCUCCUCGAGGGUUUUGUUUGUGACCAUUGCUAUGUGGAACAGUGCCGGAAUCAAGGGUCAUGGAGACACCGUGUAAAGUGGCUAGCAAGAGCUGGAGGAGAA